AUGGCAACCGCCGGAGUGAAGCGGUCUUUCGUGGCCACGGCCGUCGACGGCGAAGACGCUGAGCAACACCAUCAACUCGAGAAUCCUUCAAAGUUCAUUCGUGUCGACACUCGCAAUGGCUACAACGCAUCCCCGAGAGAGCCUCAAAGCCCGAGGACGAAUAGCAGCAGAUACUCAAUGGCUGCUUGCUCCAGACCCGAGACACCAAUAACGAGGCCCGCAACGCCAGUAUCACACCUACCGAACGAGAUCCCGCCUUUUCCUGCCGACGCCUCGAUUGUCCUUGCUGGCAUUCGAGGCGCCGGCAAGUCGACGCUCGCCAUCAUCGCCUCGACGGCUAUGGCACGGAGAGCUCUCGACUGCGAGAAGGCUUUCCAGCAAGUCACUGGCCUGACCAGUUUCGCAUAUAAACGUGCACACGGCCCCGCAGAAUGUCACCGUCGCCAGACAGACGUGCUUCGAGAUCUUCUUGACCAGAACUCCAAGGGUUGUCUGCUCGUUUGCAGCUGGAUGGAGCGUGGGGUACAGACUCUGUUGAGAGACUUCUGUCGGACACAUCCGGUCGUGCAUAUCGUACGCGACGUUAAAGCUAUUCAAGAGCACCUCAAGAUCGAAGACGAGGACAAAGCCAGGAAUCUUCUGGCCGCCAGCAGCACCCUCUUCCGAACUUGCAGUAAUCUGGAGUUCUUUAACGUCUCCGAAACGGCAGAUCCGUGGAUUGAGACUGAUGCAGCGAGGAUAGAAGCCCACGCUGGCGGUCAGAAGCCACCUGCUCCCUACUUGACUCUCAAGCGGGCGGAGAGGCAUUUCCUCAAAUUCCUGAGUCUCAUCAUGCCCCGAGGCUCUAUCCCGUUCAUCGAAUCUGCCUUUCCGUUGGCGUCAAUACCGACCGAGGACCGUCGAUUUACGUAUGCCAUCUCGGUAUCGUUGUCGAGCCUUCUCAACAACGAGAUUGAUAUCGAGGAAUUGGAGACAGGCGCCGACGCCAUCGAGAUUGUCGUCGACGGUAUUGCAGCUGCGACGACGCUGGACUCCGAACGAGCAGCAGACAUUGCAAGGAUUAUUGGUUCUAUCAGGAGGAGCACCGUCAUCCCUCUCAUAUAUCAUGUCGUCUUCCCGGAUUCGUCUGAAACUCUUUACAUGGACUACAUCUUGCACGGCCUUCGGCUUACGCCCGAGUACCUGACCAUCGACCUCCGCCUCAAUGACUAUCAGCUUCUCCAAAUCAUCUCAAUGAAGAGGCGAUCAAAGAUUAUCGGCCAUCUUGCUCCUGCCGUCGACUCUCCGUCUUGGGGAGAUCCGUUCUGGACGUCACACUAUCACAGAGCCCGGCGGUUAGGGUGCGACCUUGUCCGUCUCAUCAAGCCGGUGACUUCGAUAAAGGACAACUUUGAUGUGAAUCACCUCAAGGCUCUAGUAGAGGCUUCAACGGGCCACAAGAUCCCACUCAUUGCCUACAACUCUGGUCCUCGCGGCAGACACUCGGCGGCCAUGAAUCACGUCUUAACGAGUGUGGUGCCAGAAGCAAUGGCGACGAAGUACAAUCCUGACCAGCCGUGUCUGACGGCGGUGCAAGCGACCCAGGCGCUGUACAAUUCUUUUCUGUUCGACCCCAUGAAGAUCUACGUUUUUGGCGCCCAAGUCUCUUACAGUCUAUCGCCAGCAAUGCACAACGCUGCGCUCAAGGCUUGCGGCAUACCGCAUCUCUACCGUCCAUUCUCGACACCAUCACUGAAUGGUCUGAGAGAACUCAUCGAGGACCCUUAUUUUGCGGGCGCCAGUGUAGGCUUGCCCUUCAAAGUCGAGAUCAUAACUCUGACGCACUCGCUGAGCCGGCAUGCUCAGGCCAUCGGUGCCGUCAAUACACUCGUUCCUGUCCGACGACUGAACCCCGAUGGCACUAUCCCGGAGGAUGAGAAGUUGUUCAACUGCAGGAAUCGUGCUGGACCGGUCCGCGCGCUUUACGGAGAGAACACGGACUGGAUCGGUAUUAGGGCUUGCCUCCGGAGGGGACUCUCUCCCGCCAACGCCGUACGGCCGAUGAGCUGCGGCCUUGUCAUCGGUGCAGGCGGUAUGGCUCGGGCUGCCACUUACAGCAUGCUGCAGCUCGGUGUCAAGAACAUCGUGGUUUACAACAGGACGAUCUCCAAUGCGGAAAAGAUGGUCGCACAUUUCACCCGUCUGCUGAAACGACACGAUCUGCCUCUUCUUAGUGCACACGCGGACAUGGAAACCAGAUUCCAUAUCAUCAGGACUUUGGACGAGCCUUGGCCCGAAGACUUACGGCCGCCGACCAUGAUCGUCUCUUGUAUUCCAACACACAGCAUCGGCGACGUGCCUGCGCCCAACUUCGUCGCGCCACAAGCAUGGCUCGGUAGUCCAACUGGCGGUUGUCUCCUCGAAUUAGGUUAUAAAACUCUGGACACACCAAUCCUCAGCCAAGCAAGGGAGGCUUCUCACCGAGGCUGGGUGACGAUGGACGGUCUGGAUCUAUUACCAGAACAAGGCUUUGCCCAGUUCGAGUUAUUCACCGGUCGAAGGGCUCCACGAAGGCUGAUGCGGGGCGAGGUCUUCCGAUCCUACGAGCCUGACGGGCAAGACCGCUCAGUUCUUGCACAGCUCCAGCCACGCCUCGACAAUAUUGUAGAGCAGGAGCCAUGA